GAAAAUAAAGAAACAAUUCUUUAAAGGCGCUUCUUUUUGCAGAUUUAAAUUCUCGAUCACAAACUGUAAGUCAUAGUAGGUCACAAACUCCGGGAGAGAGCGGAAACUUCAUAAGAGGAGGCGUUUUCUGCUACAGGAUGUUUUCUUUCUCAAGAGAGAGCGUGUGAGCUUCAGUCAGUGCAGAUCUGUGGGUGAGCUUGACUCGGGGAUAAAAUGAGGAUGUGAUGUAUUACCGUGAAAAGAACACGUGCGUGGAAGCAGGGCUGACUACAUCGAAGCGACAGAUCAGAUUCCUCUGCCUCAUGCAGCUCGUCGGAGGACUGUGGAGUUUGUAGGCCAAUAGGGAAAAAUCUGCCGGGAAGCAAGUUCACGCUGUCCGUGCAGAAGACGGGGACCACGAUGGGAGUCUGCUGGUGGUUGUUAAUCCUAAUGUGCUGCACGUCACCCAACAGAUCCAACGCGAAGACUGACUGCAGAACAGCAGAAAGGACUCAAACUAUGUUUGUGCCGUGCCCCAACAUGACCGGCGACGUGACUUUUAAACUUUUUAGGAACAACAGCUUGAUUUGCAAUCUACUUGAUCGGAGUAAACAAUGUAAUGAAACCGGCGCAGAUGUCCACCCGGACAAAAAUGAGAAGGGGGAGUUCAUAGGUUUCAAGCUUGCUGGAAAAGAAAGGCAAGGAUUCUACUUAUGUGAGGGUACCCGCAUUUACCCUCCUCCUUACACAUCUGAGAGCAAAUCAGAGUUGGUCUGUGAACAUGGACAAGAAUACCUGUGCAAAAAUGAAAACUGUAAAAGAGAUGAGCCUGUAUGGAUCUGGAUAAUGGUUGUUGCACUUCUUGGCACCUACAGCCUAGCAGUUACCAUUGCAGCCUUCAUUAUCUGGUACAAGAUGAAGGAUGCAGAGUCUCAGAAUGACUACAUAAACACCAAACCCAAAGCCCCUCCGAACCGAAGGAAGAGACGAGGCCUCCAGCAUCCCAUACCAAAACACUUCUGAUGAUUCGGACGACACUGGAUCACUUUCCUCGACGUCCCUUAACACACUCACUAUCUUUUGGAGCUUAUAAUGAAUAUAACAUUAUUGUGAACGGUUUAUUUCUUUGUGUAUUUUGUUUUUAGAGACUUUGUUUGUGUUGACCUCCAUUAAACGUAGCGCUUCCUUACGUGUGCGUCUGGAAUAAUUGUGCAUAAUAUUAAAAGCGGUGUCAGGUUUUUCUCGCUUCCUGUUUCGCUCACUGUUGCAGAUACAUGUGUUGUUGGGAACCCCUAGCUUUGUGGUCGAAACAGAAGGUGGUGCCUCAAUGAGGGGACUAAACCACAUUUAAAGAGUUCUUUCCCUUUGUAAAUCAGUGCAACACCAAUGUCGACCGACAGUGACCACAACUCAAAAAAAGCAUAAAUAAACGAAGUUUACAAGCUG